AUGGAAAGGGACUGGAGCAACAGGGUGAGGUCUCCACCCGCUGUUUCGACCUCCACUCAUACCUCUGCAACAAGCACGGAAACCUUGAUUGUGGGUGGUCGUAGCACUGUUUCAACCUCCACUAGUACCGUGGCAACUGCCACCGCAACAAGAGAGUACCUUUCAAUCACGGGGGGGUCUAGAUCUCUAACCAGUCAUACCUCUGUAACAAGCACGGGGACCAGAAGUGACCAGGGUAGUACCAGUAGGUCUCCACUAGCCAUUUCAACCUCCUCUCAUACCUCUGAAAUAGUCACAGGGACAUCAAGUGGCCAUGUUGCCUCUGCACCUGACACAUUUGGUGCUGAUGCUGGUUUAACUAGCAUGGUGGCAACUCCAACCACCACUGUUGCAACAAGUACCAUUAGUACUAGCAGCAGACUAAUUAAUCCAGCAUCAGCCAGCACUGUUGUUAGCUCAGAGGCUAGACAUGGAAAUGUUACAAGUACCCCAACAAGCAACAUCUUCUCCAGCACAGUAACAUCUGUGAAUAGACCUGGGCGUCUUGGUGUGCAUAUCUCUCCUACUGCAGUUUUUGGUGCUGAUGCUAGGAGACGUAGCAAUGAAUCUUCCACUGCAACACCAUCUACAGCUCUGUCUUUGGAAGAUGGGGAGAAUACCUUAGCAGAUAGAGGGCGAAGAUGGCGUGCUACACUUCCAGCCAUUUCAGCUGAUAUUGAGAGUGUCGCUGAUGGCACUGGACUUAGCAUAGAUAGAAAUGGAUCCAACAGUGCACUCUCAGUGAGUUCAGGUUCAGCUUCAGGUAUGUUGUAAGUGAAAAUGUGGGAUUUUGAUAUAAAUCUUUUCCAACAGAUAAAAUACCGAUGGCUGUGACCAUAAAAGUGUCUUUUUCAUAGGGAGCUCUUGUGACGUGGCCCCGAGAGACAGAAAGAGUACUACAAUAAUUAUUAUGAGUUUUAUUUCCUUUAUUCUAUUAAGAAUAUUGGAAGCAUACCAUUAAGUGAAAUUGAAAAUUAUAUUCUUUCUCGAGAUAAGUGAGUAGUGAAUAAGAUAAUUGUGAAAAAUACCAGAAGCAAAGGAGGUCUGUUUUUUUUUUUUAAAAAAAACAUAUCAAUUGAAAAUUCUGUAAAAUCUGAACUUUUGGUAAUGUCAAUAUAGACGUCAGUUUGCCGGACUCGCAAUGGUGUCUAGCAGUAUGAUUACUAUUUAAAGUAUGUUGAGAAUAUAAUGUUAAAGGCUAUGUAUUUGCCUGUGAUUAAGAUAAACAUAAAUAAUAUCUUGCAGAUUUUCAUUCAAGUGCUUCAGUCACUAUUACUACAGCAGGCAUUUCCAGACUGUCAGUAACAGCACCAAGUGCACCGGCUACAGGUUAUGUGGUAUUCCUUUUCUUUAAAAAAAAAAAAGAAAAAGAGAGUUGAAGUUUUUUAUAAUCGUGCAUUAGAAAUGUGUCUGAAUGAAUGGCUUUAUUUAGGCAUAAAAUUUCAACUUUAUCAGAUUGAUUAGCAGCAAACAUCCAUGUACAACAAAAUAAUUUAAUAUUAAAAUAAUAGAAUAAGUAUUAAUAAAUAAUAAAAUUAAUUUCUGCAGUCAAGAAACUUGAUACAAAUCCCUUUUAAAAAAUGUUUGAUUAUUUUCUUGUGAAUAGGUGUCAUCGAAUUACCAGAGGCUAGUGUUUUACUUGAUCUAAUACCUGAAAAUCAGGGUAAGUAGAAAGUUAAAAUAAAACCCACUUUUCACGUUAACAGGUCACAUUGGUUUGAACUUAACCAUUCUUUGAUAUCAUUCCAUCCCAUUUUCUAUUAAUCACAACAUGUUUAACAGACAUGCCGUAUUAUAAUCAUCAGCUGGAAGAUGUACUGUAAACACGUCUUUACUACUAGUCGAAUAGUUUUGGAGGUUCUGUUUUCAUUUACAAAAAUUAUUUCAAUUUGUUGUUAUGCAGGUCACGUACUAAGUCCGUUGGAGUCAUCUAUUCGAAUGACACAUUAUCCAAGUCUGCCUUUCAGUCAUCCAUGUACCUUCCAUACGGUAAUUGUUAUUUUUGUGGUUGCUAUUAGUGUUGUUGUUGUUGGUAUUUUAAUUUUUUAUUACUACUAUUAUUGUUUGUUGUUUCUUAAGGUUUCAUUAUGUGUACAGAUCCACUUUAUACAUAUAUUUACUGCAUUUUAUUUUUAGCUUAUGGAAAUGUCAAGAUUGGAUGGAGAAUUGGGUAGACCUGCGCUUGUGUGUAUUUGUAGUGAACGUCAGUGGCUUCUUUGGAGGUAUUGUAGAUGCCUUGCUUUUAUGUCUUAACCAUUUUGGAAAUUUAUAUCUCCCCAAACAUUGUCUUUGUUAAUUAAAACUGGCUGUAAGACUGAGGUCUAUUUGUACUUAUUUAAAUAGCUGUGGUUGUUGAUUGUGUGAAUAGAUUUCAGUAAUGGAUCACAACCAGAUCAGAGUACAAGUCUGAUGACAAUGAAUGUAUAAAAUAUGUCCAAUGUGCUUCUAUGCAUAAAUUUUGAUCUUUCAGGCCCAUUUUUGAGAACAGUGAGAUUGCUAAGCUGGUGAAUGAAAACUUUAUAUUUUGGGUCCAACCGUCAGAUCAUGGAGCUGAAGGAAAGGAAGGUAUAUUUUCCUCCUCAAAUAAUCGCCGUCCCUUGAAUGAUCGUGCACUUUUGGUGCAAAAAAAGAGCCCCUGGCUAAUUAUUGAAGGAUAUACAGUAUAAAUUAAGAUAUUUAUGGGUAACAUGUAACACGCAAAAUUUAUUAAUAGAUGAUAGCACCUCUGUGCAUACGUAUUCAGAUCAAUUAAGUCAUUUCAGUGAAUGAUGGAAAAAAUCAAUGGUCAGUAGAACUUUUGCAAUAAGAUGCAUGCUUCUCUUUCAUCAGGAUUAGCUGCUAUAAAUCAGCCCAACAAUAAUACUGGGAUUGUAGCUAUCGUAUGCUCAAGAGCAGUUGGUGAAAUUAAAGUCUUGCUAAAGGUUACAGGUAAGAACUUCACAAGUCAUUUAUUACAGUAUGUUACCAAAUGAAAUGUAGGAUGUUUUAUUUAAAACAUAGUAGAAGAGACUGCUUGUGAAGGCCAGCAAGCAUCAAAGUUGAAAUUGAUGCAAUGCCGUGGUUGAUGUUGCAAGCUCCCUCACUAUGCCUGAUCCCAUGAUUUUUGUUCACAAAUUGCGACUGAAUAAAGUAAUGGGAUGUUUCUAUUACAAAAUCAGUACAAAAGUAUAGUACAGUAUUGCUAUUGUGCACAGUAGGUCCAGAAACAAACACUUGACAUGCAGAACCCUGUGGCCAGUAGAGCCUGGAAGUGUUGAUUCAUGUCUAUCCAGUAUGGAACAUUUGUAUUCAUAUCUCACGGCAUGUCUUACAGUGACGCUUACAAGCUCCAUUACACAAGCAAAUGAAUGUGACUACUUUCUUAAUCUAACUUGUGUACAUUGUGCUCUGCAGAAUAAAACCUUAAUGACUUAAUACAAAAAUAAUCAAGACAUGGAUUUUAUUUUGUGUCACCAUACACACCUUAGUCCGAAACAAAAUUCCAAUAAUACUUGCAGGUUCAAUUACAAAAACGUACAGAUAUGAAUAACCUUUUUAUAUUACUCUUCCCCUAAUGAAUUUUGAAAUUGAAACAUAAUUAUAGUGUUUUUUCUAGGUCCACAGAGUGUUGCUGAAUUGAAAAGAAUCCUCAAUGAAGCAUUAAGAAAAUUUAAAGAGCAGAGAAAUGAAUUGUAAGUAAUUAUUAUGGACACAGAAAAACAUACUUAUUAAAAACAUAGUUAUUAUAACAUGAUUAUUAUGGUUAUACUUCAUUAGGAUGGCAUUACAAAGAGAGAGAGAAUUAAAAAGGCAGCAAGAUCUUGAGUACGAGGCUUCUCAGAAAGCUGACAUGGAGAAGGUACAUAAAAAACAAUAUAGAAAAAGAAAGAGAAUGACUUUUUAAAGUCUUCAGCCCCAAAUUUAAUUAGUUAAUUUAAAAUAAAUGUUAAUUGUAUAAUAGGAACAAAGGAAGAGAAAUUCCAAGGCAUGUCAGUGCGGCCAAGAACCCAAAGAGGUACAUUAAAUUAGUUACAUAACUCUAAGCUUAUAAUUAAUUUAUAAAUUAGUCACAUGACUCUGUACAAGACAGAUGUGCAUUCUAAUAACAAUAAUUAAUUAAUUUAAUUAAAAAAAAUCUCUUUUGUCUGAUAUUGUUGUCCAAGGAGAGACACCAAAUCAACACAAGUAGUCAAAUAAUAGGCAUUAUUCAAAUUACUUAAAACUGAUCGUGUACUUUGGGCUAAAAGAAUAAGAUGGAAAAAUACUCGCUUUGGCUACCAGCUGGAUAAAGGUUGUUGCAACAGACUAUGUUUACAGACUGUCAUAAUAAAGGCUGUUGAAGGGUUCCGCUUAUAAGUCGACUCUUAGCUUCAUUGCUCUAGGGGUGUGUUCCUGAUGAAGUGAUGAAUCCUUGCCCAGAGUCGAUUCUGAGUUUGAUAAUUUGAUCUACCGUGCUCUGAGUGAUCUGGGAUCACUGAUCCUGAUGUGGAUCAUCUUAAUCAAAGGAAUGCACCCUAGUUGUAUUCCUUACUGAAAUAAUUAAUGUGCUUUAAAUUAUAAGUAUCAAUAACACUAUUCAAUUUUUAUUUGUAAUAGGUCCCAGUCGAAGAAGAAAAGACAGAUGAACCACCCCCAAAGAGGUUGAAGUCAAGUGAAUUAAAGCGUCUCAUUGUUGUUUUACCAGAUGGGAAACGACAUCAGAUGGAUGUAGCAUCGAAUAGCACAUUAAUGGUAAGUAAAGAAGCAGAGGUAACCAAGAUUUUCAUACUUUCUCUUGUUUGUGUACAUAAAAAAGUAUGCACCUUACCUUUCCUUAUUAACAAGAUGUUUAAUCCAGGUAAAUUAGGAAUUGUCUGAACCCUUCUUGAGCUAUUUUUCAAAAACCCAUGAUAAAAAAAUGUAAAAAAAUUAAAAUUAUACUAUUAAAAAUUCAAAAUUUAAAUUUCUGCCAAAAUAUAAUUAUUACUAAUGAAUUAUACUCCUUUUUCCAUCAUAGGAACUUUAUGAACAAGUAAACAAUCUACUGCCUGAGGGAUCUGAACCUAUCAUUUUAUCUUAUCAGCUGGAAGGAGGACUUUGGAGAAAGUUGCCCAAGCAUACCAUGACAGUCGACGAAUUUGGUGUGGUAGAAAAUGUGAUUUUGAGAGCGAGUAACUCAUAUGAAAGCGAUACAGCAUCUUGAAUGUUUGGCCAAUUAAUCAGCAUGUCCUUUCCUUUCCUCUAUGUACAUCUACCCUCUAUUAAUGCAGCUAUAAUAAUAAUGAAUAAUAUUAAUCAAAGAUAUUAUAGGGUAUGUGUGACAUGCUGACUCCUGAAGUGCACCCUAAGUGCUUGCAGUCGAGUAAUGCAGCCAACACUAUCCUGUGGAUAUGUGCCACAU